UUUUAAAAUAAAAAAAAGGAUUAGGGUUUUGUAGCCGCUGUUGAUAUAAAAAGCGUUCUUAUCACAUCAUCGUUUCUGUUUCGUUCUUCACAGUAAGGAGGAGGCUUCAGAAAGAGACAAGAUGGCCGUUCCUUUGUUAGACAAGAAGAUCGUGAAGAAGCGUGUCAAGAGGUUCAUUAGGCCUCAAAGUGACAGGAAAAUAUGUGUUAAGCCAAGCUGGCGCAGGCCAAAGGGUAUUGAUUCUCGAGUGAGAAGAAAGUUUAAGGGAGUUACUUUGAUGCCCAACAUUGGUUAUGGAUCAGACAAGAAGACCCGCCACUAUCUGCCCAAUGGAUUCAAGAAGUUUCUUGUUCACAAUGUUAAGGAUCUGGAACUUCUCAUGAUGCAUAACAGAACAUACUGUGCUGAGAUUGCACACAAUGUGUCAACAAGGAAGAGAAAGGAGAUUGUUGAACGUGCAGCACAGUUGGAUGUUGUUGUCACCAACAAGCUUGCUAGGUUGCGCAGCCAAGAGGACGAGUGAUUGCUUUUGCAAUAUAUAUCAAAUUUAUUUGCUUUUGUUGUUUAUGAUACAAACUUUGCAGAAAACCUUUAUCUUAGUUGUUUGAUGGAUUGCAAUUUUGAAUCUAGAGCUUUUAGAAUUGACUGCUUGAGUUAUUAUUUAUUUUGAGUCUGUUGACAUUCAUAUUAAUAGUCAUCUAAUGCUCUCUUCCCAUA